AUGUACGGCAACGCUGGUGUGGAUCUAUACACAAGCUGGCGGAGGACAAGGAGUGUGGUGUGCACUCCUACCGGUGCUGUUGUUUUUUUUUCUGUUUAUGUAGCUCCGGCAAAGAUGAGUCAAGUUGCUAUUAGACGAGCUAGCAGAUCUGACUGUGAGGCAAUUUACCAGCUAGUAAGAGAAAGAGCUGAUGCUCGUGUUGCAAGAAUUUCUCACAGUACAUCCAUUGAAGGGCUAGCAGAUCUUUUUGGUUCAAAUUCCACCUUCUAUUUUCUGGUUGCCGAGGAGAAAGGCAGCUUGGUUGGCUAUGUCCUUCACUACUAUUGCUACUCCUGGGAAGGACGUACUAUCUGUGUGGAGGACUUGUACGUUAAACAGAAUGAAGAGUGGGACAUUGUUGCUCGGGCAUUAUGGAGGAACUUGGUUAAGAUUGCCCUGGAAGAAGGAUGUAAACAGUUUAACUUUCCUCCUUUAAGAGAAAGUGAAUAUGAGUUUUAUCAUCACAAGGCAAAAAAUAUGACUAAAACUAAUGGAUAUAGGUACUUCAGGAUGGAAGAAGAAGCUAUGGAGAAAUUUGUUAAGAUGAACAAGAUACCAGAGGGUGUUGAGGUAAGAGAAGCAACUUCAGCAGACUGUACUGGCAUUAAUCAGUUGAUAAAGGACUUAGCUGUGCAUCAGAAUGUGCCAGACAAGCCUCAGAUUGAUGCAAAGGCACUGGAAGAUGAUGGCUUUGGAACCAAAGUGUUCUAUAAGUGUUUUGUAGCAGAAUCUGAAGGUCACCUAAUAGGAUACACACUCUUUUUCCAUACAUUUAACUGGAGGGGUCGAGGUGUGUAUAUGGAAGACCUUUAUGUGGCACCUUCAUACCGUGGGAAAGGUAUUGGCACAGCACUGUGGAAGCAAGUGUUAAAGGCUUGUCUGGCUGUACAGGGAAUCAGGUGUGACUUCUGUGUACUUGACUGGAAUAAGCCUAGUAUUAUAUUUUACAAAGGGAAAGGUGCUAAAGACAUGACAGAAGACAGUGGCUUUACUUAUUGUGUGAUGGCCAAGAAAAUAAUGGAGGAUUUUUUGCAAUAAUUUGCUCUGAAAUCAGACAAAUAUAAUUGCCAAAGUUAAUUCAAGCUGGGUCAUAUGUGUAAUUUUUCAUUCUGUUGGUAAAGACAAGUGGAGAAAUAAAAACUGUAUAAUUACUAAUAAUCUAUUUUACACUGUUAAUUACUUGUCUCAACUGAUAGGCUUGACUUUGUGGUUUUAGCUAUUCAAUAAUUAGAAUGAGGACAUAAUUAAUUACUUUUCGUGUAGGAAAAGGAAUUUUCUUUUUCUGCUUUGGUUUUACUAAAAUAUGAAUUAUGUAAUAAGUUAGUAAAAUAUUUUUAGAAACUUAUAUUUAUGACU